AUGGAUUCUCCCAACGUCAGUAAUAAGCAGAUCUGGCCAUUAGUGGAUGUUAAUUCAGACGACGAAGCAUGUUGGGAUGAUAAAGAUUUAAUUGCUGAAUAUGAUAGAAUUGAUUCUCUUGUUCAGGAUAAAUUAACAAGAGAACUGAAUAAAAAUGCAAAACACAAGCCCUAUGGAAUCAGUGGAAAUUUCCAUAAAAAUUUAAAUAAAAAUUCAUCCAGUACGUGUAAUAAAUCGAAGGUACACCAUAAUAAAGAUAUUCAUGGAGAAAAUGUCGAAAAUGUCAAUAGCAAUCCAGUUUGUGACUUCCAAUGGAUUCCGCCGUGUUUAAAACCUCCGCCUCAAUUAUUUUCUAAUUUGGCUUCACCAAGGGACAGUCAUCUUCCUAGUGAUGUUCAACCUUCUGUUCCUUCUCAACCAAUCUUUAAUAGCACGAAAAGUGACCUAUCAACUAUUGAACCUAUACUGCGCUCCUGGUAUGAAGCAGGUUACCAACUUGGUCGUUCACAUGCUAUGAAGUUGAAGCCAACCUCAUCUGUACCUGCUGCAAACUCUUGUUAA